AUGACGAUUUCUUUUCUUUCAGAAUUGGUUACUGGUACAGAUGAUUUUGCAAUAAGAGUAAGAAUUUGUAGAAUGUGGAACGCCAUUAAUCUCAAGAAAAAUGGUGAGCUUAUCAUUAUGGAUAUGAUAUUUAUCGAUGAAAAGGGUAAUUUGAUGCAUGGUAUAAUUAGAAAAAAUCAGGUUAACAGGUUCAAAGACAAGUUGAAUGAAGGUUCUGUAUUUAUCAUCAAGAACUUCAAAGUUGUUGAAAGCAUUGGGGGAUAUAGACCUGUUCAAAACUCAUUAAAAAUCAUUUUCUUUGCCUCAACUGCAAUCAAGAAUUUGUUUGAAGAUAUUGUUGAAAUUCCAGUAAACGGUUUUGAAUUUGUUAAUCCUAAUGUCAUUGACUCAAGGGUGAAUAACAACAUUGUCUUAUCAGAUGUUGUUGGUUGUUUAUAUGGAAUUGGUGAUAUCGAGAGUGUUGUUUCAAAAUGGAAGAAGAGGGAUAUCCACAUUCUUACUGAUUAUUUGGCUAAAGAAAAAAUUACCUUAUGGGAAGAAUUUGGGGAGAAGUUUUGUCCUUAUUUGUAUAACAAUGAUGCUGGCCCAUAUAUAGUGAUAGUGACUUCUACAACAGUGAAGGAAUUUCGUGGUGAGGUUAGCUUCUCCACCACCUAUGCAAGCAAAAUAUAUGUGAAUCUUGAUAUAGAUUACAUACAAUCUUUGGCUCCAAAAUUUUCCACCAUGUCCAAUGAAGUUCAAAUUAUAAAAAGCUCUAAUGUUAAAAGUCUUCCUCGUGAGGAAGAGAUGUUUUUGAACCGUAUGGACAUUAAGGAGUUGCUGGAGGCUGAGUGGAGCUCUGAACUACAAGUUCUUUUCUUAUUACGCUUCUCAUAUAAUUGGUUUACCAUUUAA